AUGCUCGAUUGGCGCAAAGCAUACAAUGCAUUGACGGCUAUAGCCGUGUUGUCGAGCAUAAGGCGUCCCUUUUAGUAUACGAUUGGAUCAAGUCUUGAGACUGAGGGCAACGGUGAUGGGGAGAGGGAUGAGGCGGAAGGCGUCCCACUAUUGCGUAAUGUACUCAACAAUUUGGACGACAUUCCCGUCGAUCUGAAGAGUUCGGGUCAAGUGUUUGACGAGUACUUCCGCGAGGGCUGCGGCUGU